AGUUAAAGCAAAAACGAUAAAAAAAAUUCAAUUAGGGAAACAUUUUAAGAUUUGCUUACUUAGAGCAAAAUUCAAAGUACAAGUGAAAGACGCAACAAGAGGAAGAAUAAUCAACCAACAACAACAACAAUAACAAGCAGAGCCACAACAACAAUAAAGUGAAGUGGAGACCAGGCCAAUUAGUUGGAGUGGGAACAAAUGGCCACUAAUCUAAAGAGACGAGACGUGUCCAGGAAUUAGUAUAAAGUCUGAUACAGAGAAGUUGAACUCGAAGGCGAAAGAGAAUCAAUUUCCACAAUGGAUGAUCUGUCGCAGGGCGACAUUUGUCGCGUUUGCCGAUGCGAGGCCCAGCAGGAUCGUCCUUUAUUUUAUCCUUGCAUUUGCACUGGAAGCAUCAAAUACAUCCAUCAGGAUUGCCUAAUGCAAUGGAUGCGUUAUUCGCAUAAGGAAUACUGUGAAUUAUGCGGACAUCGGUUCAGUUUUCAGCCCAUCUAUGCCCCCGAUAUGCCACGGGUAUUGCCAUUAAAAGAUGUCCUAGUGGGUCUCAUGUCGGCUGUCUUUGAAGGAGCACGAUGCUGGUUGCAUUACUCACUGGUGGGCAUGGCCUGGUUUGGUGUUGUCCCGCUGUCGGCGUACCGCACUUAUCGCUAUCUAUUUCGAGCCAAUUCCUUUGAAAUGAUACUCACAUUGCCCUUCGAUAUAUUCUCCAUGGAAAAUCUGGCAGUGGAUGCGUUUCGUGGCUGCUUUGUCGUCACCUGUACGCUGCUGUCAUUCAUUGGUUUAGUUUGGCUAAGGGAGCAGAUCUUGCACGGCGGUGGACCGGAUUGGUUAGAACGAGAUGAGGCGGGAGCAGCAGCAGCAGCAGCGGCGGCAGCAAAUGCCAAUCCACCAGCUCCAGCCGCCAACGCCGCUCAGGCUGCAGUUGAACCAGAAGUCGAACUCCAGGAUGAUAAUAAUAAUCAAGGCGAUGAGAAUCCGAAUCCAGCAGCAGCACCUGAUCCAGCACCAGCCCAGGCAGCAGCUGAUGCCGGGGCCGGAGUUGCCGAUGCCGAUGAACAGAACUGGAAUCCCAUGGAAUGGGAUCGAGCUGGCGAGGAGCUUACCUGGGAGCGUCUAUUGGGUUUGGAUGGUUCUUUGGUCUUUUUGGAGCAUGUCUUUUGGAUCAUCUCACUAAACACCAUGUUCAUUUUUACCUUUGCCUUUUGUCCAUAUUGUGUUGGUAAUUUCAUUCUGAGCUCUAUGGAUUUGCUUCAUGCGGAGAAACCUUUGUUACAUUUCCAUGGCCUGGUGACGACUCUCUUUGGCUAUUGUUGCAUUGGUCUAACUCUUGUUGUCCUUCAUUUCUUUGCUCGAAUCUUUCGCCUGAGACGUGUCUGCUGGUUCAUUGGCCUUUGCUACAUUGUGGUGAAAGUUUCCCUCCUCUCUGUGGUAGAGAUUGGUGUCUUGCCAUUAAUUUGCGGCUGGUGGUUGGAUAUAUGCUCGCUGCCCCUUCUGGAUGCUAGUCUAAAGGAUCGCAAGGCGAGUUUUAAAGCCGCUCCGGGUACAUCGCUCUUUGUCCAUUGGAUGUUUGGCAUGGUCUAUGUCUAUUAUUUUGCUGCUUUCAUUUCCCUGCUGCGUGAGGUUCUGCGUCCUGGUGUCCUCUGGAUAUUCCGUAAUGUCAAUGAUCCAGACUUCAGUCCCAUACAAGAGAUGAUCCACGUGCCAAUUGUUAGACAUAUAAGACGAUUGGUUGCCUCGGCCAUGAUCUUUGGUUUCGCUGUCCUGCUAAUGCUUUGGCUGCCCAUCAGAAUUCUUCAAUGGGCAUGGCCAAAUUUCUUACCCUAUGCCCUGAGCGGGGAUUCGGAGGUGAAUGAUUUGAGUUUACAGCUGCUCCUUCUGCAGAUUCUCUUGCCAGGAUUCUUUGAACAGACCCAAACGCGCAUUUGGCUUAAGGGAUUGCUACGCUUUUGGUGCUCUGCAGUGGCUUGGCUAUUGGGUAUACGUAGCUAUCUAUUGCCGGCACCACAGCCAGAGAAUGAGAAUCAGGAGGAGCAGCAGCAACAACAACAGCAGAAUCAGCAGCAAGCAGAAGGAAAUCAGGAGGCAGGAGGAGCACCCAUAGCAGGAGCGGCGGCAGCUGCACCACCUGCUCCGCCUCCGCCGCCACCACCACCACCGGAACCGGCAAGAAAUCUAGCUGCUGCCCAUCAGGCCAUUAUGCAAAGGGAUGCCCCAGUGGGUUUCCAACCCUAUGAGAAGCCCACUUUCUUUGCCAUACGUCUGUGUGCUCUCCUCAUGCUAAUGUGCCUGUCCAUUGUGGUGGCUGCUGUCAUGGUAUUGACCAUACCCGUUUAUAUUGGUCGACGUCUGAUGAUGCUCUGGACAGGACAACCGGGUGGUGGCGGUAACGCCGGCGGUGGUGUGGCAGUUGGAAGAGGAGCAGCAGCAGCAGCCGCAGCAGCAGCUGGAGCGGCCGCUGCAGCAGGCGAAGGCGAUGUGGUUGCAGCCAAUGGAGAAGUUGCAGGAGCCCAUGAUGCAGCAGCAGCAGGUGGAGGAGUUGUGGCUGAUCCCGAGGAAGCACGCAAAAAUGAACGUUUUAUGCGUGCUCACGAACUCUAUACAGCGGAAAUUGGCGGCUAUCUAUGUUGGAUUGUCUCACGCGGCAUUGCUGUGGUGGUAACACUCUUGCCCCAGGGUCGCACCGCCAUCAUACAAAAGCUGAAGCAUUGGGCUAGGAUUGCCCUUCAGUAUGCCCUUCCAGUAAUGACAUUGAUUGGAAUAUUUGUGCUUGUGCCGCUGCUAUUUGGUCUACUCCUGGAACUGGUGGUGGUUAUACCAUUAAGAGUUCCCCUAAGAAAGACACCCAUUCACUUCCUUUGGCAAGAUUGGGCCUUGGGUGUGCUAUAUACGAAAAUAGCCAUCGCCCUGACACUAAUGGGUCCAGAGUGGCAUCUGAAACGAGCCUUGGAACGUGCCUAUACCGAUGGACUGAGGGAUUUCGAUUUGCGUUUUGUUAUGCGAGAUUUGGCAGUGCCAGUUGUGACCACCUUUGGCCUGGCCCUGGCCAUACCAUAUGUCCUGGCGCACAUGUAUCUGCCGAUAUUCUUUACGGAUCCCUACACUAGACAGAUUAUCUCACGUUUGGUCUAUCCCGUCAGCUGUAUAGUUGUGGGUAGCAUCUGUUUCCUACUGUUCCAGAUCAAGCAAAUGAAGAAACUGUAUUUGUCCAUUAAGGUGGAUAAAUAUUUGGUUGGCCAGCGUUUGGUCAACUAUGAGCAUCGAAAGAAACAGCAACAACAGCAGCAGGAACAAAAAGCGGCCAAGGAAUUAAAGGAGAAACAGGACAAAGAGGCGGCAAAUGAACAACAGGCAGUAAAUGCCGCUGCAGCUGCUGUCGCUGCCGCUGCACUGGCACCCAAUCAAGUUGGCAAUCACGAUAACAACGACGAUGAUAACGACGAUGAGGCGGAGUAUCCACCUGGUGGUGCUCCCAUUGAUUAUCUCAAUGAUGAGGAGCAGGCGGCUUUGUAUGCUCGCCGAAGGCGUGACGAUGUACCACGCCACCUACUGGUAGAUGCCAAUGAGGAGUUGCUCUAGGGUUACGUCUAUUUUCUAUGUUUAUUCGUUAUGGAAUCGCUGAUUAUAUAUCUAUGUUUAAUUCACAUUAUCCAGCCGAUUGAGGAGGAUGAUGGCAUGGACCAGCAGCAGCACGAGGAAGACCUCAAUAUUGUGAAUGCAAUUUUGGGGUUGCAAAAUUUCUUUUAAGUAAAAUAAUUAAUAUCAA